AGCGCUGUUUGCGCAUAGAAUGGAAUUGUUUAAAUCGCAAUUGCAACGGCCGACUUGGCGUUUUUAAAUCCACCAUCGUUCAUCCCAAUCCUUGAUAGCUUCGUUCAAUCAUUGAACCCACCCGUGUGUAUAUCCAAGGUACUGACGAAGGUAUAAAUAAUGUCCAACGCCCACGAGCCCCUCAAGGCCCUUGGUCCUAUCAAUUGGAGUGACCUUGUCCCAGAUCAACUGGAUACUUUCUUGAAAAACACAUUUACCCAUGCACAGUGCAUAAUUGAUUCUAUCCCGGUGUCCCCGACCUCUUUCCCACAGAAAAUAGACAAGUCGCGAUCCACCGUUGACUCGAACUCGUCCGAUAAGAUCAAGGCUUUGAACAAAGACUGGAGAGAAGUCAAGGUCAACCCACGCGAAAACCCUCUGGGUCUAGACGUCUACAAGCUUGCUGCUAAGGACGGGAAGGGCGCUUGGUUUGCAAGACGUAGUGUUCACGAUAACUACACCUUUGAAAAAUGGAGACUGGGCAUGGAGAAGGAGCUCGACGAGAGCAUGAAGGUGCAAGGCAAGCCGGGUGAUGGGAGUAUACGAGGCAUAGGGGCCGACAGAAAGGUUGUAAACCAGACUGUACAAAACACUGGCAAAAUGCAAGUCUAUCAAUUGUCAGCUCAGUUCCCGGGACCAACCACGCCUCGAGACUUCGUCACUCUAUUGCUAAGUUCGGACUCUGUCGACGAUGCACCCGGUACGCCCAAACAUUUCAUGCUCGUGUCAAAGCCAUGUGUACAUCCCGAAACUCCUCCGCGCCAAGGCUACAUUCGUGGUCAGUAUGAAUCUGUCGAGUUCAUCCGCGAGAUUAGAGUCGAAAAACCCCUACGAAAAACUCGGUCCUCCAUAGAUCUCCCCAACGAUGGGUCUAGGUCGUUGCUACGGGAUAGUGCUGAAAAUCUUGGCAGAGAAGCUACAAUUCGUUCAGCUCGUCAGGCAGCCGACUCUGCAUCUGCAACCACGGAUGAUAUAGGAAGAAAACGAGGCAAAACUGUCGGGGCCGCAGACGCUUGUGACGACCGGGAAGAUGACGACGAUUAUGAGACUAUGAUAGAGUGGUUAAUGGUCACCCGGAGUGAUCCUGGCGGCAGUGUACCGAGAUUUAUGAUAGAGAGGGGCACGCCGCCUGGAAUCGCCGGAGACGCUAACAAGUUCAUCAAAUGGCUUUCGUCCAAAUCCAUGGAUGAUUUCGCAGAAGAUACCGAAGAGAUGGAACCCGAGCAAGACGAAUCGGAGAUUAAACAGCCAACACGGGAGACGACAGCUUCAAUGAAGCCCACGUUAAAUUCUGCCAAUACUCCAAUUGCCCCACGAUCAUUGACCAUCGAACAAAAAAUGGAGGAUCAUCCUAACCCUACCGGAUUUUAUGGCAUGAUAGCGAAUGCUUUAAAUACGGCAGCUUCGGCGGCAGCUUACCGCAUUCCUAACCCCUUUGGGCUAGUCGAAGGCGCAGAAAUCAGCUCGACUGACGUCUCCGAACCCCUGAACGAUGAUACCUCAUCCAUUCACAGCUUUCACAGUCUAGAAGCCGAAGGAAUCGAUCAAAUUGAUAAUGCGUCGCCCAAAGAGGAGGGAAGUUCUACACAACUCACGCCUUCAAUUACAAAUGGCGGCGCGGAAUCUAUGCGCUCAACUGACUCUCUUGCGCGUUCGACUGCGCCUUCUCAGCAUGAAAAGGAACUUAGAAAGUUGGAGGAUCGCAAACGGAAGAUGGAGGAGAAACUCAAGCGGGCACAAGACCGAGCACUCGCCAAGCGAGGCAACGAGAACGCCGCUUCUGAACGUGAGGAGGCUGCGGCCCAGAAACUUCGCGAGAAACACGAACGUGAGAUAGCAAGACAGCAGGAAAAAUACCAGCGCGAAAUGAAGAAGUUAGAAGCCAAACGGGCGAGCGAGCAGAAGAAGGCGGAAGAACGCCGGCGCAAGACUCUAGAGAGGGAGGAAAAGAACAAUCUGGCAAUGGAGCUUGAUAAAGUUAGAGCAGAGCGAGAUAUAGCCCGCAAGCAGAUCGAUAUCUUGAAGGAACGGAUGGGCGAUCUACAAACGCAAAACACGAUGCUGGUUGCAAGGCUAGGGCGGGAGGGGAUCGCGCUGGACGGAGAAGAUUUGGUCGGGCCCGGCAUAAAGCGGUCCAUGACGGAUCAGACUCCCGAUCGUGAGAAUAGGAGGGUCGAGGGCUUGUAUUCGUAGACAGAGGGCGAUGGGUGAUGGUGCAACGCUAUACUUGAGCUUGGAUUUGAGGCUAGAAGUUAGAGAAGACGAUGUGCAUGCGAUUACAUGGAUUCUGUGGACUGGGGUUGAUUGAUGAUACACUUAGAUGCAAUCCCCAGAUGGUGGUAGAUCUUAGAGGCAUGUAGGUAUAUGAGGUUGAAGUUGAGGGGCUUUGGAGAAAAGGGGGGAGGCGAGUGAACGUGUAUGUGUGUGUGUGUGUAGGAUACCAAUUUUUUUGUUGAGCAAAUGGAGUAUUUACUAGGCACCUACCCUAGGUACAUAGGUAGGCAGAUAGGUAGGUUAAACAUCAAUAUCUUCCGACGUCGUCGACUUCAUGAGAUGUCUAAGUUAGACUUGUUGUGGGGGAUGACUUAAGGGGUGAGAUUGGAAGUAUUGAACAUAACUGAACCGAACCGAUAGGGGCUACUAAAAUUGCCCCACCUACCUACCUAGGUACACAUAAGAAGUUGGCUGCGAGUAAGCCCAUGUGAUAUCUAUCUAUAUACCUAGGUAGGUACCUAGUUAGCUAUUUAUAAGGGGACCAGAAGGG